AACAUGCUAGUUUUCAUCAUCAGUUUGUAACACUUGAGCUUCACGCAAAAGAGAGAAUAAAUAAGACUUUUAGUGAAAACUGGGGAGUAAAACAUAAAAAUUACGCAGUUAAAAAAUGAAUCCGAGUAAAAUAAAAUGAUAGGGUUUAAGGUUUUUUUUUUUUUUUUUUUUUUUUUUAACAUGGGUUUAAGGUUUUAAAAAGAGUCUAUUUCACUCAAAGGAUCAUAACGAAGGAGAUCUGAAAAGUGAAAAGGGAGAGGUGAGUCAAUGGCGAUCAAAGCGGGAAAGGUUCUCAGAACGGCGUCGGCUGCCUCUAGGAAGUUAUUAGCAGCACAUCCGGCGCCUUCAGCCGUAUCACCGCCAGGUGUGACGUCAUCUUCCGCUGUAGGAGCAUUUCUGGGUAUUAUCGAAGUUCCUCGCUCCACCACCGAUAUGUUGAUCUCCAAGUACAUCCGACUCUCCCAGAACCGUUUGACGAAGAAGGGUGAUUUCACUGAGGAGAAGCUCAUGACAAUGUUGUCUGGUAAUGUCGGGAUCAGCGAGACUGUCAAGUUACUUGAUGGCCGCAAAACUAGCGCUGACUUUUCUUCUCCAAAGUCAACCAACAUCCCAUCCAUGGCCAACCCCAAGAAAAAGAAAUAAAUAAAAUUCCUCUGUUUCUUCACUUUUUUAACGAAUCAUAUAAAGCUUCAAGCUUUUUGCAUUUCUACUUUUGCAAGUUUGUUUCUUUUUGGAGUUUCAGUCUAGUUGCUGAACAAUAUAUAUUUUUAUUAUGCAUUCACUCGAAAGAUAGUUUUUGGUUGUUGUUUUCAACUGUCUCAAAACAUUCUCUGAAUGAGUAAUAACAUUGAGAAGAAUA